GGCCUUUGUACACGUUUCCACUGCGUAUUGUAAUUGCAACCGGCAAGAUGUUGAAGAACAUUUGUAUCCCAUUCCUGCAGACCCAGAAAAAAUUAUUCAAUGUGUCGACUGUCUUGAUGAAGAUCUUCUGGAAUCUAUAACACCAAAGAUUAUCAAAGGAUGGCCAAACACAUACACGUUCACGAAAGCAUUAGCGGAAAAGAUGUUAUUACAACUAGGCGAUGGAUUACCCAUAGUAAUCGUCAGACCAUCAAUAGUUACGGCAUCGUGGAGAGAACCGAUAUUAGGAUGGGUAGACAAUUUAAAUGGACCGACGGGCCUGUUAGCUGGCGCCGGCAAAGGGGUUCUGAGAACACUGCUAUGUCAUAAGGACUUGAUUGCUGACCUGGUCCCAGUAGAUAUAUGUAUCAACUUAUUAAUAUCGGCUGCCUGGUACACGGCCAUCAAUAGACCAAAGGGAAUAGACAUCUAUCAUUGCACGUCGGGCACAACGAAUCCAAUUUACUGGAAAGACAUCGAACGGUUAGGCCACGAGUUCAUAUUAGAGAAUCCAUUUAGUGACAUUUUGUGGUACCCGGGUGGCAGUUUCAAAAGCAACAGAGUCGUCAACUAUUUGUGUGUAGCCGCUUUUCAAAUGGCACCUGCCUACAUCAUUGAUGCGCUCGCCAAAAUUACCGGUAGACAACCGAGGUUGAUUCGAAUCCAUAAAAGGCUACAGAAAGCGGUAUCGUGUCUAGAGUUCUUCACCACGCACGAAUGGAACUUCAAGAACACAAACGUGCAGAAGCUGUUUACCGAACUUGACCCCAAUGACCAAAAGACGUUUUACUUUGAUGUAUCGCAACUGGAGUGGCGGAGCUACAUCGAGUCGUACAUAUGGGGUACCAGGCAGUUUGUGCUUAAAGACCACCCAAGCACAGUUCCCAAUGCCAAAUUACGAUUGAGACGAAUGUACUAUCUACACCGGACUAGCCAAAUGUUGUGUGUCGUGCUGGCAAUCAGAUACAUAUUACUAGGCAACAAGUCUAUCCGGCGGUUUUGGUAUUCGGCUCUGUGUUUCCUAAUAAAAUGUAUCAGUAACGCUACUUCUUCUCUGCGUCUGCUGUAAGCCGCAGACUCGCAUUCAAUAGAAUAAUAUUAUACUUUCAUUAAUAUUUUAUACACAGCGGUGUCCGCCAUACGACAGUGCAAUGAUCGUAUAAUAUAAUGUAACACGCAUUAUACAUUUCUAUAUUAAAAUAUUACAUUAUUUAGGUAUAUUUUUAGACGAUUGCGUAUUGCUCGACGAACUUAAUUCAAUCAAUGGUAUAGGUUAUCAUUAUAAUAUAUCAUCAAGUAUAUCAACCGGCCAUAAAUAUUAUAUUAUACUAAUUUGUCUCAUUCUGAUUAUAAUUUCCCCUAUUCCGUUAUACUUUGUAAGAUAGUAAUCAGUUACAUUCUUAUUUAUUAUUUUUUCCGCGUCUCUAACAAAUCAUACUAUAUUAUUAAACCUAAGCCCAUAUGACAAGUUCAUUAUGUAUGUUUUUUUUAAUUAUUAUUAUUAUUAUUAUUAUUAUUAUUAUUAAUAUUCUAUACUAUAUACAUAUUAUACACCUUACGGCUUCUGCCAAUGUAAGGCCGUUUUAAAACUAAAAAUUACUUACUUGCAUUACAUAUUUAAAUGUAAUAUACAUUGAAAGACAUUAUUAUAUAAUUAAUUGUAUGUCACACUUAAUCAUCUGCUUUAGAAAUAACAAAUACUGUACCUAAUGUACCUAUAUAUACCAAAAUGAUAAUGAUCGUUGAUCGGUAGUUUGAAACUAAUUUCAAUGAUUCGUUUGAUGAGGCUAAGAAUGAUACCCCCGUUUAAUAACAUAUACCUAUCAUGAAAAUUAUUAUUUUUCCAUUGAUUUAAUAUUGUUUAAUACGUUAACUAUAGUGGUUAUUAUUGAUAGUACGUGAUAUAUUGUAAUACAAUUUUAUAUUUGUGCUUUGAAUUGCAUUGCGAUAAUAUUAAUUUAUAUUCAAUUGUUUGUACACUUUGUUAACUAUGUAUUUGAUUCCAUUGUUAGACAAUAAUUUCCAUUUUAUACGAAGAUUAUUAUAUUAUUAUUAUUAUUAUUAUUAUUAUUUUAGCCAUUUCGAUAAUUAGGAUUGUAUAAUAAUACUGAUACAACGUUGUAAAAUAGUCUAAAAUGCCUACUUGGUAUCCUACAAAUAUUCUAUUCUUAAUUAAUAAAAUAAUUUACAUAUUUAUUUAUUACGCACAUAAGCACUUAUAAAGACAGAAUGUCAUUGUAAUCAAUCCACAAAGACAUUAAUAUAUAAUUGUAAUAUGACAUAAAAAGUGUAAAGAUUCACAGCAUGUUAAGUAGGUACACAUAAAUGUACCUACUCACACCAAUGAAUAAAUGAAAUGCACCGGAAAUAGGCACAAACAUAUUUUGGCUGCAUCCGAAUAAUUGGUUCCCGUACCUAAAAAUUAACAUCCUAAUUGAUUCCCGAUAUUUUCCAACAAUUAUAAAAUGUGACAUAAUAAUUUGAAAAAUUCAAAAACAAUUUUCAUUUUAUUGAUAUUUAAAAUUAAAGAAAUGAAUAAAUGUCAACAACAUGGCGUUUCUAAAU